AUGGAGCCUGGCGGAGCCUGCGCUUUCGGCGGGGAUGAUACCGUGAAAUCCUCGGUGACUUCCAUGGUGGACAGUGUGGGUCAGCUCUUGCAGAGGGGCUCAGCCCUCAAUGCCCCGGCGCCACCCUCAGCCCUGCUGGCGCCACCGGCGCCACCCAAGCCGCCCCCCGCCACAGAGGCCUCAGGCUACUGGACGCGUGUGCGUGCGGUGAGUCCGCCACCGGCACCGAGCAUUGUACGUCAAGCGAGGGAUGCUGAGCUCUUGGCUCCACAAAGCUUGUCCCCCUGGGUUUUGCCCGAGAAAGCCGGCAACGGCGGCAACGCGGGAGCGUUGCCGGAGCAUGAAGCGCAGCUCCUCGGGUCCUGUCCUCCUGGAUCUCAGAUACUUGAGACCUUUGAACCGGAGGAGGAAGUGACACGUCGUGCGAAUGUCAGGGGGCUGGAAGACAGGGCAAAGGAGUUGACACUGAAGCGGGACUUACCUGGAUCUACUUGUAGUGAUCCACUGGCUGGUUUGCUGUCGCGUGGAAGCUACGGUCAUCCAGAGCUUUGUCGUCGUCCAUGCCUCUUUUUGGUGCAGAAACAGGAGUGUUUGAAAGGUGCUUCCUGCGACUUCUGCCACUUGGAACAUUCCAAGUUGCCUAGCCUCGAUGGCCUCCAGCGGAGGACCCUCAGUAGCCUUUCACAAUCCCAGCUGCUGCCUUUGCUGAUUGCACCACUGAGGGCCAAGGUGUAG